GGUCGCCAGGAUGUCGCCGACUCUUAAUAGCCACAAUGGGCAUUUAUAUUGAAAGACACUUUUGGCCACAAUGAUCAUUUAUAUUGAAAGACACUUUACCUGUAUUGACAAUAAUAGAUAUAUUAUGCGUAUUCAAUUAAAUAUUCACACACAUGGAAACAUUAGUUCUUCAUCGCGUACCUGUGCUUAUAUAUCAUCGAAUGCAGCUGAAUCGGUUUAGUCUUCCCCGACACGUUUAUCGUACUCGUUCGCUCGCGCCGACUUUAAAAUUUUUACAAGUGUUUUAAAAUUUUUAAAGUGUUUAAUUUUUAAAUAUUAUUUUAUCAUUCCAAACAUUAUCAUUAUGUUUAAAUGUAAACAGUGCUCAUCUGAAUUUACACGUAAAGACAACUUGGUUGCCCACCAAAAGAAGCAUACGGGUGUACGUUUUCCGUGCACUGUAUGCCCAUCAACAUUCGCUUACAAAACCAGUCUCACUAAACAUCAGAAACAUUUUCAUGGUAUCGUACCAGCUCUUCGCCAACCUUAUGCGCAGCUCGACCAACCGCCUGCACCGAUCGAUGCUCAACACACUCAACAGAGUGUCAUACAGUUCGCACCUUCGUCUACUCCACGGGGUCAUAUUCAGGUAGCCCCUCAAAUAUUUGUCCCCGAUGUUCCUGCUGGUGGCUCGAACAUGAUGUCCGAGGACGAGAUUUGCAUGGCAGCUAUAGACGAAUAUGAGAAACAGGACUGUAAUACAGAUUCAUACACCGUUGCCGUUAACGGGAAACGGGUUUCCACCGCCAACACCACGUCGGCUGCUAGGGCGAAAAAAGUGCGCAUGAGCCUAGUACAGUCUCCCGGUUUUGUUGAGAUUUCGUCCUCAGCAAAUAGAAAAAUUGUAUGGUACUAUGCCAAAAAUGCUAAUAAUACAAUGAUUUAUACCGAGUUUCUCCGAUCGCUCGAGCCCGAGCUAAAUCAAAUAUUGAAAACACGCGUUCAGCAAGAAGCGAUUAAAUUUAACCUUAAGCUCGAGGCGACCUAUAACCGGCCCAACGUACCAAACUCGUCGGAGAACCGGGCGUUUAAAACAACAGCAACCGAAAUUUAUCCGGAUAGUGAUAUCGACUCGAUAGUAGAACAAGCGUACGUAAAAUUAUUAGCUGAGGAAGACGCUUAUGUUUCUCGCGGUAGUGGCUUUACUUUGGAAGCCAUAGACGGCUUAUUAUUAGGAAUAUACAAAUAUACACCAAUGACUGGGUCGUCAUAUAUUGAAUUACCGGCAUACAUCGACAGGAAACGGGCCACCAUUAACCCACAAAACAAUGACCAUCAAUGUUUCAAGUGGGCGAUUCUUGCGAGACAUGUGACAGGAGAAAACAAAUUUCGUGUCAAUGAAAACUAUACACAACAUGAAGGAAAAUAUAAUUUUAAUGGUAUUUCGUUUCCAACACCACUAUCGGAUAUUUCUAAAUUUGAAAAAAAUAAUCCGAACGUCACUGUGAAUGUAUAUGGGUUAGACAAAAAAUUCCAGCCACCGCGUAAAUACCCGACGUACGAGGUGUACCCUCUACGUGUCGUUGAUGAGGAGAAAGCCAACCACUUUGAUCUGUUGUUGGUGACGGACGACGAAAACUCACACUACAUCUACAUCUCGAAUUUUUCCCGCCUUAUACGCUCUCAAAAGACUGGACAUAAAGAAAGAGUAGUGUUUUGCAAGAGGUGUUUCACAUCAUUCGAUGACAGGCGGCAUAAAUACAAGUUGAGCGGACAGGAGGCGUUAACUCAGCAUAAGCUUAUAUGCGGUACACAUAAGCCGAUAUUACCGGUGAUGCCGAAAGAAGGUGAGUGUCUGCAAUUUGAAGCAUGGAGAAACACUCAGAGACAUCCUAUAGUAAUAUAUGCAGAUUUCGAAACUAUACUUGUAAAGACGGAUGAGAAGAAGGGGGGAAAAACAAAAAUAAUGCAUAGACAUGAAGCGAUGAGCUAUGGACUCAUUGUGAAGGCGAGCAAUGACGUACCGACAGAGCUAUUGAGUGAACACAACAUACCAACGGAACCAGUGAUCUACCGAGGAAGUGAGAGUCAGCCGGAUGUGGCGAGACAUUUUGUCGAAACCGUGACGGAUAUAUCGUUGAAGAUUGAAAAGUUACUGAAGACGAAUAUACCGAUAAAUAUGUCCGCAGACGACAUACAAGUCCAUGAAGCAGCGACGCACUGCAAUCUAUGCAAAAUUGAGUUUACACCACCUUCAGAAAUA